AUCUUCCACGACUCUUCUCUUCUCCUUUCUUUCAUUUUUCCCGUUAUCCAGACACAUUCGCGAAAAUGGCGUCUCACUCUUCUUGCAACUUUGCUUUGACGAAUCCGAUUAUCUCACAAAUCGAUUCUUUCUCUAAGCAGAGACUAUCUGUUCCAUUAUACUUCUUCUCUACAAGAAACCCUCUAAAAGCUUUGACGAAUCCAUGGUUAGGCGUUGUUGAUUCAUCCCUCUCUCUCACUUCUCCAGUCUCCGCUAUACGAACUAAUCGCCGAAGAAUCCAUAAAUCCGUCAUCUCCAGCUUACCCACCGCGAAUCCAGAUUUAGUGGUUUCUGAUGCGCAAAAGCCCAAAUGGUCAUGGAGAGCAAUUAAAUCAUUUGCAAUGGGAGAACUUGAAGCUAGGAAGCUCAAGUAUCCAAGUACUGGAACUGAAGCACUUCUCAUGGGUAUUUUGAUUGAAGGAACUAGUUUUACUUCAAAGUUUUUGCGGGCGAAUAAGAUAACGCUUUACAAAGUUCGUGAAGAAACGGUCAAGUUACUAGGAAAGGCAGAUAUGUAUUUCUUUAGCCCCGAACAUCCUCCUUUAACUGAAGAUGCUCAACGAGCACUUGACUCUGCUGUAGAUCAGAAUCGAAAAGCAGGUGCUAUUGGGGAAGUAAUGCCAGCACAUAUACUAUUGGGAAUCUGGUCUGAAGUUGAAUCUCCAGGUCACAAGAUACUAGCAACUCUUGGUUUCACUGAUGAAAAAUCUAAAGAAUUAGAGUCUUUUGCCUCUGAAUCUGGAUUUCUAGAUGAAUAGUAUUGCUUCUAUCAUUUCUCCAUUAAUGCAAAAUCUCCAAAUUCAUAGUUGCAGUUUGCAAUAAUAUUCUUCUGUUGCU